CUCGUGCCAAAAGUGACCAUGUGCAAAAAGUGACCAAGUGAAAUAACAUGUUUAAAUGUCUUAUUUUGUCCCUAUUAAUAUAAGAAAAAAGUGACCAAGUGAUAUCUUUAUUAAUUUAGGAACCACUGAACACUUCAUUUUGACUAACCGACAUCUCAAUAUAAUUCUUACGUGUAAAAAUUGACUAUGUCACUUGGUCAUUUGUUGCAAAUUCGUUAGAGUAACGUUUUUGACCAAGUGACGAGUUGAUCACUUUAUGUAUAAUUAUAAAACUAUUAUAUUUUCUACAUGGUCAUACUGUUAUAUCACAUUAUCAGCGGUAUUAUCUUUAUCAUUAAAACGAAAAUUAAUAAUUAUUACAAAUUUUUUAAUUUUAUAUACAAAUUUUAAUAGUAUUAUAAACGUCAGUUUAAGAUUUUUAGUUUUAAAUUAAUUUUAUUAAAAUAUAAAGUUGUUAGUUCCUAUAAACAAUAAUGAACAUUCACAGUAGCCGUUGUCGAAAAAUCGUGUCUCUGUCUACGAACUCUAAUGCUGAGUUUAUGAACAAACCAUCUACUUCAUAUUAUAAUGAUGAAAAAACUGUUAUUUCUGCUAGCGAUGUAAGCAGCGAUGAAUAUAAUGACAGUAGUGACGAAUGGCUGCCAUUUAAUAGUAAAGAAGGUAAUGAAAUUGAAACAGAUAGUGAUAACUCUUUUAAUAACAGUAGUACUAAGUUAACAAAAUUUGACGACUUAUUUCAAGAAGAAAAGAAAAUAAUUGAUGAAACAGAAAUUAAAUUGGUUAUAAAAGAGAUUUUAGAUAAAAUUGAAAAUGAUAAUGCAAUAGUUUUUGAAGAAAAUACUUUGCCGGAAAGUGAUGUGGAAUUAUGUAGGUGGAGAAGAGGUAAUAAAAUGAAAUGGAAAAAAGCUAUUAGUGCAAAAGAAAAAAAGUUAUCUAAGACACCUAAAAUAGUAGAUUGUACAAAUUGUAAAUUUAAAUGUUCCUUGAAUGUUGAUGAAGAUUAUAGAAUAAAACUUUGUUCACACUUUUGGACUUUGGAAUAUAAUCGGCAAAAGGAUUAUAUUUUAUCGUGUGUUACCCAAGCACCAGUUAAACGUCAUGUUUCAGAACAAGUGAGAAAAGCAAAAGAAUUUUCUAAAAUGUAUACAUUUAUCCUAAACUCAUCAGAGAAAGUCCGUGUGUGCAAACAAUUUUUUUUAAAAACUUUGGCAAUAAGUCAUGGCCCAGUCGACAAAGCGUUUGAAGGAUUUGAAAAUGGAAUAUUUAUAAAUAAUGAUAAAAGAGGUAAAACUCCAUCAAAAACAAAAACUCCCUCUGAUGUUAUUUGUGAAAUAAAAUCCCAUAUCGAAAAAUUCCCAACUAUUGAGUCUCAUUAUUGUAGAGCAACCACUAAACGGAAAUAUUUAGAUCCUACACUUUCAAUAGCUAAAAUGUAUGAGCUAUAUCUAGAAGAUUGUAAAUCAAGAGAACUGGACAGUAAAUAUUUUAUUUGUUUAACAGUAUAUCGAAAUAUUUUCUGUAAGAAUUAUAAUUUAGACUUUUAUAAGCCCAAGAAAGAUCAAUGCUUACAAUGUGAAACAUAUAAGAAGUUGAGCAAACCACAAGAAGAACAAAUCAUCAAUAACUAUGAAAAUCAUAUACGCAGGCGAGAUGAAUCUUUUUCAGCUAAACAAUUGGACAAGGAAAGAGCUUCUAAUAACAAUAAUUUUUGUAGUGCAACCUUUGAUCUACAAAGUGUUUUACAGAUCCCAAGCUCUGAUGUGUCCAGUAUGUAUUAUAGUAGAAAAAUAUGCACCUAUAAUUUAACAUUGUACGAGGCUGCGCCCCCCAACCGUGCUUUUUGUUUUUUGUGGACGGAACUUAAUGGACAAAAGGGAAGCUCUGAAAUUGGUACUGCUAUAUAUAAAUGGAUUCAGCAACUCUCUGAAAAUAUAACGGAAAUAUCCUUGUACUCCGAUACAUGCAGUGGUCAAAACCGAAACCAGUUUGUAGCAGCUUUAUUUCUAUAUAUUGUCACUCAUUCAAGGAUCGAAACUAUAACACACAAUUUUAUGGAAAGCGGACAUUCCUACAUGGAAGUAGACAGCAUGCAUAGCACCAUAGAAUCGGCCAAAAAAAAUGUUCCCGUUUACACUAUGCAGGAUUGGCUAACUAUUUGUCGUCUUGCUCGUUCAAAUAGACACAAUAAAAAAUGUUCGAACUACACAGUGCAAGAACUUAAGUACACAGAUUUUUUAGAUUUAAAAAGCUUAGCAAAUAUGAUAAUGAAAAAUCGUUCCUUGGAUAUGAAAGGUAAUAAAGUAAACUGGUUGAAGAUAAAGGUUUUGAAAUAUGAAAAAAAUAUGAGUGGUGUUAUUCAGUUCAAGUAUAAUUAUUCUGAUAAGGAGUUUAAUAUUAUACGUAUCAGUGGAAGGGGUAGACCAACAAAGUUUCCUGAUAAUUUGAAAAACUUGUAUGACAAACCCCUACCAAUAUCAGCACUUAAAAAAAAUGAUUUAAUGAAACUAUGUAAAACUCAAGCUAUACCAGAAGAAUUCCACGAAUGGUAUAAAAGUAUACCCUCAUGUUCCAAAAAGAAAGAAACUGUGAUUCUAUCUGAAUCUGAAAAUGAUUCUGAUUAA